GAUGAAGGAGCUAAAAGCAGGAGAAUAGUGUGAGUUUCGACAAUUCUCUCAUGGAAAGAUUGUCUGAUUCUGACAGUGGCUACUACCCAGAUUCUCACCCCUUGGAGCUUGAUGAAAACUCGGACGUCUCCAAGGACACUGAGGAGCGUGGCGUUCAUGAUGUUCAGUCACAAGUUGUGCAAGCUGAGUCCUCUAUCAAGAAAAGGGACUUGAGAAACCUUCCCUUUGUUUCUGUUCCUGAGACUUCGAAGUGGAAUAUGGAGAGACCACAUCUGACUGGCCGUCGCUUAUGUCAGGAAAAGGAAACAAACAAAGCACCCCAUUCAAAGAAGGAUAUGUCUAUGAGAAGGAUGGAGAGAGUCUCUCAUCUCGAUGCGUAUCGUCCAUCUGUCCAGGAACUACUCAUUGUAGAGGAGCUAUUGGCUGCCAUGGUGGGGAUUGGUGGCGACUAUAUAUGUGUGCAAAAGAAUCAGGAGCAUUGCUAUUGCUUUGUAUUCCACGUGGACCCUAAAUUAAACCACUCCUUACAUGAGCUUGCUGACCGGAUCCUUCCGAUUUGUGAGAAUUACAUGGUUGUGAGUCAAUUUGCUGAAGAGAGAUCCCACUAUGACCAUGGGUUGACAAACCAUGCGUUCGCUGCAGGUUUGAGGGCAAUUCUUCAAGAUUAUCACGCCAUGGUUGCACAGCUUGAGCAUCAGUUUCGGUUGAGUCGAUUAUCCUUGCCGGGUUUGUGGUUCUUUGUUCAGCCGAUGAUGGGAGCGAUGCAAUGUCUUUCCUCCGUAUCGCAAGCAGCAGCAAUGCAGAGCGCACGUGGUGCUGUUUUGUUGAACUUGCUUCACAAUCAGGGGAUAGCUCUAGCUGGGGACGUUGCUGUUAGGACAUUACUUCAAAAGCUUACGCAUGCUGCAAGUUUUCCGUACUUCAGAAUCUUAGAACGGUGGGUGUAUGAAGGAGUUAUCGACGAUCCUUUCGGAGAGUUCCUAAUCGAGGAGAAUAAGUGCUUGGAGAAGGAAAGUUUAAGCCAGGACUACUACGCUACGUUCUGGCUGAAGCGGUACAGUCUGCGAAAGGAUAUACCAGAGUUUUUAAGUUCUCACGCUGAGAUUAUUCUUACCACAGGGAAAUACUUGAAUGCGAUUCGCGAGUGCGGUCAAUGUCUACAGGGUCCAUCACUAGAAGACCUUAGAGUAGCGAAUUUUACCUCGACGAGGCCAUAUUUGGAACGCGUUAAUGUUGCUCACAGAUAUGCCAGUGCGGAGCUUCUUAAUCUCAUCGUCAACAGGUUUGACCUGGCUGGAAGGCUGCGUUCUGUCAAACACUACUUCUUCGUAGACAAGGGAGAUUUCUUGGUCAUCUUCAUGGAUUCAGCUAAGGACGAACUUGCGAAAAGACCCGCAGCCUUGUCAAGGGAGAGACUCCAGUCACUGUUGGAGCUGGCUAUUAAGACAUCGGUUGCGGCAUCGGAUCCUUACCACGACGACCUCACGUGCAUCAUUGAAAAUUCAACACUUCUGAUGCAGCUGGAGGAGUUUAUGCACAAUGGUCCAGCCACUCAAAGUGCACAAUCAGAGACCUGCAACACAGGCGGAGUUGCUACAGGGGGCUUAACUGGAAUAGACUUUUUUGUUCUGGAUUACAAGUGGGCAGGAUGUGUGACACAUUUCAUGAAGGUUAGGUGGCCGACUUCAUUAGUGCUAUCAAGAAGAGCUUUGACAAAGUACCAAUUCAUAUUUCGGCAUCUUUUCCAUUGCAAGCACGUGUGGCGUCAGCUAUGUGCAUCCUGGCAGAUACAUCAGAUAGCUACCCGUGCAUACAAUAUCACCGGGACAUCGCUGUGUAGGUCGUACGUCGUGUGCCAACGCAUGCUCCAUUUCAUCCAGAGCUUCGAACAUUACAUGACUUUUGAGGUGCUGGAAACCAAUUGGGACCGUCUGCAUAGUAGUUUGAGCGGCUUGAACAGCGUGGACGAGGUUAUGCAACAACAUGAGUCCUUCUUGGACAGUUGCCUCCGACAAUGCAUGUUCUUUUGGCCUAUGAUCUUCGAGAAAGUUGAUCAUUUACAAAGUCUUUGUCUCCAAUAUGCAACAGCCACCCUACGGUUUUUACCAAUGUUGUUCACCAAGGAUACAUAUACAGAUGAAUCAUCGUGCGUAGUGGAUCCACAGCAAUCUAUGUUAGAUGAGGAUCCUUCUUCUGAGAGGCAAUGCAAAGGCAGACUUCGUAAACAGUAUAAGCUCGAUAAUCGGCGUGCCAGACAAGCAGCAGAUGACAAAACCUUCAAGAACUGUAUCGGACGAAUAGACACAGCUUUCAACAAUGAACUGAGCUUACUUGUAGACGUACUUAUCUGUAGAUCGCAGCAAGAGCCGUACUUGGCUGAUCUUGUGCAAGCCUUAAAGGCAAUGUUACCGAAAGUGGAAGCCAGAAACAACGAGCGAGGUUCCACAGAUCCGCAAAGAGAGCAUAAUGCAGACUCCGGUGACUCCGACCUCGACUAUCCUGAGCCCUCAGAAGUGGAUUCACCCCGAUUAGGAAGCUCCCUUAUAAGUUACCCGCGUGAAGAAGUUCCAGAAGAGAGGCCAUGCUAUUCUCAACCCCGAGCAUCCAUAAGCUACCAUUCUGAACAUGAUCCGAAAGAGAAUGCAAACCAUUCGCAGCACCGAGCAUCUACAAGCUUCCGCUUUGAACAAGACUCCGAAGAGAAUACAAGCCAACUUCAACCUCGAGCAUUGAUGAACUUCCGCUGUGAGCAAGAUUUGAAAGAGAAUUCAAGCUAUUCUCAACCCCGAGGAUCCAUGAGCUUCCGUUCUGAACAAGAUCCGAAAGAGAAUACAAGCCAUUGGCAACCUCGAGCAUUGAUGAGCUUCCGCUGUGAACAAGAUCCGAAAGGCAAGACAAUUCACUGCCAACCCCAACCAUCGAUAAGCUUCUGUAGCGAACAAGACCCAAAGGAUAACACGGUCCAGUACCUACCCCAAGCUUCGAUGAGCUUCCCUGGUGAACGUGACCCGAAAGAGAAUACAAUCGACUGCCAACCCCAAGCAUCGAUUAGCUUCCGUUGUGAACGAGACCCAAUAGACAAGACAAUCCACUGCCAACCCCAACCAUCAAUGAGCUUCCAUAGCCAACAAGACCCGAAAGAGAAUACAAGCCAUUGGCAACCUCAAGCACCGGUGGGCUUCCGUGGUGAACAUGACCCGAAAGAGAAUCCAAUCCACUGCCAACUCCAAACAUCGAUGAGCUUCCGGAAUGAACAAGACCCGAAAGAGGAUACAAACCAUUGCCAACCUCAAACAUCAAUGAGCUUCCGUAGGGAACAAGACCCGAAAGAGAGAACAAGCCAAUGGCAACCUCGAGCACUGAUGAGGUUUCAUGGUGAACAAGACCCGAAUGAGAAUACCAGCCAUUGGCAACCUCGAGCAUUGAUGAGCUUCCAUGGUGAACAAGACCUGAAUGAGAAUACAGGCCAUUGGCAACCCCAAGCAUCGGUCAGCUUCCGUUGUAAACUAGACCCGAUAGACAAGACAAUCCACUGCCAACCUCAACCAUCGAUGAGCUUUCGUGGUGAACAUGAUCCGAAAGAAAACACUAUCCACUGCCAACCCCAAGAAUCAAUGAGCUUCCGUUGUGAACAAGACCCAAUAGACAAGACAAUCCACUGCCAACCACAAGCAUCGAGGAGCUUCCGGAGCGAGCAAGUCCCGAAGGAGAAUACAAGGCAUUGGCAACCUCGAGCAUUGAUGAGCUUCCACUGCGAACAAGAUCCGCAAGAUAUGACAAUCGACUGCCAACCCCAGGCAUUGAUGAGCUACCGUUCUGGACGAGAUCCAGGGGAAACGAGAUACCAAACCGAUUGUCCAGCAAUAAUGAAUUUUACCCACGACAACGAUCUAUGGUAUCAACCCAAAGACUCUCUUACCAUCUGGAACGUAUUUUGUGCGCUUGAAAGGAAACUCCUCUUAACCGCCGACCUCUAACACAGCUACCUGAUUUGUAUUUCAAGUGCAGAAACGUAAUGCUAUGCACAACAGAAGAGAUGACCUGGCUUUAUAAUAUUCAACUGUUUUUUGCGAUUGGUUGGGAGAUUAGAAACUAUUCCUCUCCGUGCGGACUUGUGUUGAAUAUGCUGAUCUUUGGCAGCCAUGAUCACAGUGAAGCAGCUUCCAAAUGAAUGGAGUGUGGAGCUUUCGAAGACCCCACAAUGUCGAUGGGAUUGUUCAAUCCGUGAAAGCUUUCUUCACGUUGUCGAACGGCCUUUCAGGAAAUACCAUUUAGUCUUUCGCAGGUUGUGAUGAAUUGCAACAGAGACCAGGAGAGUGGAAGCGAUUUUCUGUGAGACUUCUGCUCUUCUGAUCCGAAUUCUCCCGUCGGACUAUUGCAAAAUCGAGCACAAUCGUCUUAUGAAGUACGACAAAGUCCGUUCAGAGAGCCCUGAUAACGAGGAUUCAAAGACUCGUGCAGUGUAACUCCAAUCAAGUCUUGGCAAUGGUGGACAGAAUUAUUGAUGUCACUUGGUGGGGAUGAUCGUUUUUCAUUCACCCAGUUUCGACUCCUUAUUCAGUUUCUGCAGUUUAUGCUGGAUUGCGUUUUCCACCGUUAUUUUAACGAUGUUAGAAGCACCAACAAAAGCAGUCGUAAAACAAAAACUAAUAUAUGAUCUGUAUUCAAAAAUUAAGGUGAAUGAUAUUAUGUAUCAAAUUUUAAACUU